GUCCCCUUUCAUUCAGCUCAACAUCGGCUGGUCUUGUGUCUCGUUCAGCUCCUCCUGAUGUCUGUCGCGACUGGAGGUCCUCCGCCAGCCUGAAGCUGGCUUUGUCUGAACUUGUGCCGUCUCCCUCCUGUCCCUGGGGAAAGUUCAGUCUUUGACUCUGUGCAGGCUGCCGCUCCGCUCAGUGGUUACCACUGUGUGAUUCGGAAAUGCUUGCUGGGCUGUGUCUUCAUGUCUUCUAUUUCUGUGGUUUAGGCUGCUAGUUAGAGAGUUAAAGUGAAAAUACCUUUUGGAAACAAGUAUCUUGAUGCUAUCUUUUCUGUCCCAGAGAAGAAAUCAACAUAUGGAGUGAUUCUUACCCAUGGAGCUGGCGGAGAUAUGAAUUUCCCUCACUUAGUGUCUUUGGCAGCCUAUCUUGCAUCCCAUGGAGUUCUGUGCCUGCGGUUUACUUGUAAAGGCCUUAACAUUGCUUAUAGGACUAAGGCCUUCAAAACAGUUGUGGAAUACUUAAAGCUUUCUGAUGAUUAUAAACUUUUGGGUGUCUUCCUUGCAGGCCGUUCCAUGGGCUCACGAGCUGCUGCCUCUGUGAUACGUCAUCUUAGCCAGGAGGACGAUGAUGACUUCAUUCAAGGUCUAGUAUGUUUAUCUUACCCAUUGCAUCGACCAAAACUUCAGUCCAAGCUCCGGGAUGAAGAUUUGUUAUUUAUCAGGUGUCCGGUGUUGUUUGUCUCAGGAUCAGCAGAUGAGAUGUGCGAAAAACAAUUGCUAGAAGGUGUGGCAAGCAAAAUGAAAGCGCCUAAAAAAAUCCAUUGGAUUGAUAAAGCAAACCAUGGGAUGGCAGUCAAAGGACGAACAACAGACGAUGUCAUGGAAGAAAUAAAUGCGCAAGUUUUUUCUUGGCUCAGAGAGAAUAUUGAACUGGAGCACAUGUGACUUGCAGUGUUUAAGCAGUAUCUUCAUUUAGCUUUUCCUACAUGCAGCCAAUUAGAGUUCGUUAUUUCUGAGAGGUAUUUUUUAAAACACGUAUUUUCAGAGGUCUAAGUGUAAGUGCAAAUAAGAUACUUUUGUGUGAAU